GUGGAAUAUAUGCUGUGGGCGUCCCCCGAGACCGCGGGGGCACUUGACAGCCGCAGAAAUUGGGCGAAUUGCAAGUAAAUCGUGCGGUAAAGCGACGUCGCCGUCGGGCCGCAGCAGUGACGCGAGUGCGGAUAAUCCGGUCACUGUCGCCGAUCAGGACGACUCCAUUAUUGUUGUUAGCGAUAAUCAACAGCAGACUACGGAACGAACGGACCAUCAACAGGACGAAUUGCCUACAUCAGAGAGCCUACAAGUUUUUUCUCAAUUAUUCGGAGAAGUGACCUCGACGGCAAUUGCCGUCCACGAGGCACCUGGAGCAGACAAAACGACAGUCAACAUUGGCGUAACGAUGAAUCACGUUAACGAUCAAGAAACUAUUAAGCAACUCAACCUGACCCCUGUCCAGGUCGGUGAGGUAGAAGAAAUGGACACGCAGGAAGAAACACCUAAUGACGGGGGAGGCGACGGGAAUGAAACACGUCCAAUCAAUGGUGAACGAGAACCACCAGUUUGCAUUGUACACACUGAUCACGAAAUGGAAGAAGAUGAAGCAAGAUCUGAGGCGACUUUUCGCUUCACAGUUGACAAUGUUUCAAAGAUGAAAGAUUCUCAACUAUCGUCGCCAUGCUAUGUGCGAAAUUUACCAUGGAAAAUAAUGGUCAUGCCCCGAUCAAGUCAAAGUCAAGAACGACAGCCGCAAAGAUCUCUUGGAUUUUUCCUCCAAUGCAAUGGAGAAAGUGAGUCGACUUCCUGGAGUUGUUAUGCUGUUGCCGAACUUCGUCUUUUGUCUUGUAAAGCGGGACAGGAUUAUUUCAACAGAAAAAUACAACAUCUUUUCUAUAGUAAAGAAAAUGAUUGGGGAUUCAGUCAUUUUAUGACGUGGCAAGAUGUUCUUGAUCCUGAGAAAGGUUUUAUUAAGGACGACUCAAUUACACUGGAGGUCCAUGUUGUGGCUGAUGCACCGCAUGGUGUCAGUUGGGACAGUAAGAAGCACACAGGAUAUGUUGGAUUAAAGAAUCAAGGUGCUACGUGUUAUAUGAAUUCUUUACUUCAGACAUUGUAUUUUACAAAUCAGUUACGCAAGGCUGUUUAUAAAAUGCCAACAGAGAGUGACGAUUCAAGCAAAAGUGUCGCACUCGCUUUGCAAAGGGUGUUUCACGAAUUGCAAUUCAGUGACAAGCCAGUUGGUACAAAGAAACUCACCAAAAGUUUUGGCUGGGAAACGUUAGACUCGUUUAUGCAACACGAUGUACAGGAAUUUUUACGAGUGCUUCUCGAUAAAUUGGAAAGUAAAAUGAAAGGAACAUGCGUUGAGGGUACAGUGCCAAAAUUGUUUGAAGGAAAAAUGCUUUCUUUCAUCAAGUGCAAGAAUAUUGAUUACAAGUCAACGAGGAUCGAAACAUUUUACGAUAUUCAGUUAAAUAUUAAGGGAAAGAAAACUAUUUACGAAUCGUUUAAAGAUUACGUCAGUACGGAAAUGCUUGAUGGGGACAAUAAAUACGACGCUGGAGAACAUGGAUUGCAAGAUGCCGAAAAAGGUGUCAUCUUCUCAUCAUUUCCUCCAGUUUUACAUUUGCAUCUAAUGCGAUUUCAAUAUGAUCCAAUUACAGACUGCUCGGUAAAAUUCAAUGACAGAUUUGAAUUCUAUGAGAAAAUAAGUCUUGGGCCUUUUUUACAAAAUGAAGAAUCAACAAAUGCAGAUUAUACACUUCAUGCUGUCUUAGUUCAUAGUGGAGAUAAUCAUGGUGGACAUUACGUUGUAUUCAUCAAUCCACAAGGAGAUGGAAAGUGGUGUAAGUUUGAUGACGAUGUGGUAUCCCGAUGCACGAAACAAGAAGCAAUCGAGCACAAUUAUGGUGGUCAAGAUGAAGACAUGUCAAUGGCUGUGAAGCACUGUACAAACGCUUACAUGUUGGUCUACAUACACAAUUCAGAAUUGGAGAAUGUGUUGCAAGAAGUCAAAGAAGAGGACAUACCCCAAGAGCUGGUGGAGAGGCUGCAAGAAGAGAAGAGGCUGGAACAAAUAAGAAGAAAGGAGAGAACAGAAGCAUACUUAUACAUGACCGUUAAUGUACUUCUCGAAGAUAGUUUUGACGGUCACCAGGGCAACGAUCUGUACGAUCCAGAACAUGCGCUUUAUCGUGUAUUUCGUGUUCGUAAACAAGCAACUCUACACGAAUUUCUUGAAGUGCUCAGUGAAAGUUUGAAAUAUCCGAUAGAACAAAUUCGUGUCUGGCCAUUCAGUCUACGAUCGAAUCAAACCUGUCGACCGACACUUAUUGAAUUGGAGGCUGAUCUACAGAAGUCGAUUUCUGAUUGUGCAGAAAGUUUAAAUCCAUGGAAUGUAUUUGUUGAACUUGUUCCACCCGAUUCGGAACUAAAAACACUGCCGUCGUUCGAUAAGGACACAGACGUUUUGUUAUUUUUCAAAUUAUACGAUCCGAAGAAUAAGAAAAUACAUUAUUGCGGUCAUCACUAUAUGCCCGUAACAGCUAAAGUCCAGGAACUUAUACCAAUAUUGAAUCAAAGAGCCGGUUUCCCUAUUGACACUGAGCUUGCGUUAUAUGAGGAAAUCAAACCCAAUAUGGUGGAAAAAAUCGAAAAUCUAACGGAACCAUUGGAAAAAGUUCUCGAGGAAUUAAUGGACGGUGAUAUUAUUGUUUUCCAAAAAGAAGAACGAGAUAAUAAAAUGUACGAGCUACCAACGUGCCGUGAUUAUUUCAAGGAUUUAUUCUAUAGGGUGGAAGUGACUUUCUGCGAUAAGACGAUUCAAAAUGAUCCGGGAUUUACAGUUGAGCUCUCGUUAAGAAUGACUUACGAGCAAAUGGCAAAAGCUGUGGCACAGCGACUUUGUACAGAUCCAUACAGUUUACAAUUCUUCAAAUGCCAAAAUUACAAAGAUUUGCCAGGACAUCCAUUGAAAUGCACUUUCGAUGGUACACUAAAGGAACUUAUUGCUUAUUGUAAGCCAAAGACUAAGAAAAUUUUCUAUCAACAACUUAGCAUUCGAGUGAAUGAACUCGAAAAUAAGAAACAAUUCAAAUGCAUUUGGGUUCCACCUUCAUUGAAGGAGGAGAAGGAAAUAAUUCUCUAUCCAAAUAAAAAUGGAACAGUUGCAACAUUAUUAGAGGAGGCAAAGAAACAAGUUGAAUUUUCGGAAAAUGGUUCUGGUCGAUUGAGGUUAUUGGAAAUUAGUUGCAAUAAAUUGUCACCCGGUCCAAAGGAUGAUGUGCCUUUGGAAAAUUUGAAUUCGGGCAGCAAUAAAAUUUAUAGGAUAGAAGAAAUUCCAAAAGAUGAACUCAAUUUAGCCGACGAUGAAAUGUUAGUUCCAGUUGCGCAUUUCAAUAAGGAAGUAUUUUCAACGUUUGGCAUUCCCUUCUUUUUAAAAAUCAAACACGGCGAACUUUUCUCGAAGGUGAAGGAAAGGUUGUUCAAAAAACUUGGAGUGCAAGAAAAAGAAUUCGAGAAGUUCAAAUUUGCUGUGGUCUCUUUGGGUAAACCUCAAUUUAUUGAAUCGCCAGAAUAUUGCAUUGACAUUAGCGAAUUUCAAGUAAUGCAGAAUGCGAUAUUUCCACUAUCGGCUGCGGGCUCAUCACCCGUAAGGCCCUGGAUUGGCUUGGAUCACGUAAAUAAAGCGCCGAAGCGUUCACGAAUUAACUACCUCGAAAAAGCCAUUAAAAUUUACAAUUAAAAAUUUUGACUUCUAAAACUGAAAAAAAAAGAAAAGAAAAAAAACAAAUGCAGAUUUAGGCGAACUACACACGAUAAUUUAUACUUCAUUAUGUAUAGUAAAACAACGUUGUAUUUGUAUGCUAUAAAAUUGAGGAUUGAAAAUUGGCUCGGUUUUUCGGUUUAGUCAUAAUUGUAAUUUUUAAAAAUUAUAAUAUAGUUAUAACAAGUAAACGAGGUAUAAACACGAACAUUCGUUUCGGAAAAGUAAAAAAGAAAAUGGAAAGAAAACGAUACAAAAGAGACUGCGAAAAAAGAAUGAAACACGUAGUGAUUUCACGUUUGUGAAACAAAAAAAGUAUAAUCAGACUUUUUAAAAAUUAGUCAAAGAUUUUACGUAAUUAUUACAUAAUUUUACCGAAAAUACUUGCACGAUAUUUUUAACGUUGUUUGCAAUUUUUCAUCUGCAUUUAAUAAUAGAAAGAAAAAAAUGAAUCUUAAAUUACUUUCUAUUCAAUUUAAAAUAAAAACUUAAUUUUUCAUUUUGAAUUGAAAAAUAGAAAAAAAAACAAAAAAUGUUGAUUUUGUAUUUUUUAAGAGCGUAAAAUCUUUGUGAGAAAGAAAAAAAAAGGUUUAUGCAAAGUGCAGCGAAAUACAGUGUGUAAAGUAAUAAUUUCGUGCGACAAACAUAAUCUUCACAAACACUUCGCUAGAUAGUUUUUAUCAAAUCCUCAGAUUAUUUCUCUUUAUCCCUAUUUUGUAAUAUAUAUAUAUAUUUUUUUUUGUUUGAGA